AUUCCCUAUGCUAUACUUUUCAUCCCUGUGACUUAUUUAUUUUGUAAUUGGAAGUUUGUCCCUCUUGAUCCCCUUCACUCAUUUUGCCUGUCCUCCCACCCUCCUACAGCAGCCACCAAUUUGUUCUCCAUGUUUAUGAGUUUAUUUCUGCUUUGCACAUAUAAAUGAAAUCAUAUGUUAUUUGUCUUUCUGUGUCAGACUUAUUUCCCUAGCAUCGUACCCUCUAGGGCCAUCCAUGUUGUUGCCAAUGGCAAGACUUUGUUCUUUUUUAUGACUGAGUAAUGGUCUAUUAUAUAUAUGUACCACAUCUUCUUUAUCCAUUCAUCUAUUGAUGGACACUUAGGUUGCCUCCAUAUCUUGGCUAUUGUAAAUAAUGCUGCAGUAAACAUAGGAGUGCAUAUAUCAUUCUGAAUUAGUGAUUUUGCUUUCCUCAGGUAAAUUCCCAGAAGAGGAACUAGUGGGUUUUACAGUAUUUGAAUUUUUCUCUCUUCUGAUAUUUCAGAUGGUCAAAUAAAAAAAAUGUCCCUAAACUUCGUUGUAUGAAUUCAUCAUUUGAAGAUGUAGAUACAUUUUAUUCUUUCUGGUAUAAUUUUGAUUCGUGGAGAGAAUUUUCUUAUUUAGAUGAAGAAGAAAAAGAAAAAGCAGAAUGUAGUGAUGAGAGGAGAUGGAUUGAGAAGCAGAACAGAGCAACAAGGGCACAACGGAAAAAAGAAGAAAUGAACAGAAUAAGAACAUUAGUUGACAAUGCAUAUAGCUGUGAUCCAAGGAUAAAAAAAUUAAAAGAAGAAGAAAAGGCCAAGAAAGAAGCAGAAAAGAAAGCAAAAGUGGAAGCAAAACAGAAGGAGCAAGAGGCAAAGGAAAAACAAAGACAAGCUGAAUUAGAAGUGGCUCAGUUAGUUAAAGAGAAAGAAGAGGAAGUUAGACAACAAGCAUUACUGGCAAAGAAGGAAAAAGAUAUCCAGAAAAAAGCCAUUAAAAGGGAAAGGCAAAAACUUCGAAACUCAUGCAAGGUAUGUCAGACUGAUUGAAUAAACACUAAAUAACAAGUAAAUCAG